AUGUACCCGAAUUGGGGCCGGUAUGGCGGGGGCAGCCACUAUCCGCCGCCGCCGGUCCCGCCGCCGCCGGUGGCGCUUCCUGAGGCCUCGCCGGGGCCCGGUUACUCGAGCUCGACGACUCCUACCGCCUCCUCCUCUUCGGGCUUCAUGAGCUUUCGCGAGCAGCACCUGGCGCAGCUCCAGCAGCUGCAGCAGAUGCAUCAGAAGCAAAUGCAGUGCGUGCUCCAGCCCCACCAUCUCCCCCCACCCCCCCUGCCACCUCCGCCGGUGAUGCCAGGGGGCGGCUAUGGGGACUGGCAGCCGCCGCCGCCGCCGAUGCCCCCGCCGCCUGGGCCGGCCCUCAGCUAUCAGAAGCAGCAGCAAUACAAACAUCAGAUGCUUCACCACCAACGAGAAGGGCCUCCUGGUUUGGUUCCCAUGGAGCUGGAUUCCCCCCCUGAAUCUCCUCCUGUGCCGCCAGGAUCCUACAUGCCUCCGUCUCAAUCUUACAUGCCUCCACCUCAACCGCCACCCUCGUACUACCCUCCAGCCUCGUCCCAAGCCUACCCGCCUCCGGCUCAGCCGUCCCCUUCGCAGUCUCCACCAUCCCAAUCCUACCUGGCGCCCACCUCAUCUUACUCUUCUUCCUCCUCCUCCUCUUCCUAUUUGAGCCAUUCCCAGUCCUACUUGCCCUCCUCUCAGGCAUCUCCUUCCCGCCCCUCCCAGGGCCAUUCUAAAUCCCAACUCCUAGCGCCGCCACCACCGUCCGGAUCUUCUGGGAAUAAGACAACUGUUCAGCAAGAGCCUUUGGAGAGUGGAACCAAGACCAAGAGUGUGGAACAGCAGCAAGCCACCCCAGAGCCAGAUCCGUCUACGAUGACUCCACAGGAACAGCAGCAGUAUUGGUACCGGCAGCACCUGCUUAGUUUGCAGCAAAGGACAAAAGUGCAUUUGCCAGGACACAAAAAGGGUCCUGUUGUAGCAAAGGAUGCACCAGAGCCGGUAAAAGAAGAAGUUACGGUACCUGCCACCAGUCAAGUCACAGAACCCCCUCCACCUGAGGAGCCUCCAUUACCCCCCUCUAACGAAGAGGCACCACCUCCUCUCCCACCUGAGGAACCCCAGUCUGAGGACCCGGAAGAAGAUGCCAGGUUAAAACAGUUGCAGGCCGCAGCAGCACACUGGCAGCAGCACCAGCAACACCGAGUGGGCUUCCAGUAUCAGGGAAUCAUGCAGAAGCACACGCAGUUGCAGCAGAUCCUGCAGCAGUACCAGCAGAUUAUACAGCAGCCACCGCACUUACAGACCAUGUCUGUAGAUAUGCAGUUGCGGCACUAUGAAAUGCAGCAGCAACAGUUUCAACAUCUCUACCAAGAAUGGGAGCGAGAGUUUCAGCUAUGGGAGGAACAGCUUCACUCCUACCCUCAUAAAGAUCAGCUUCAGGAGUAUGAGAAACAGUGGAAAACAUGGCAGGGACAUAUGAAAGCCUCUCAGACCUAUCUCCAGGAGAGAGUCACUUCAUUUCAAAACAUGAAGAAUCAGUAUAUGGGGAACAUGUCAAUGCCACCUCCUUUUGUUCCAUAUUCACAGAUGCCUCCACCUCUACCGACAAUGCCCCCUCCGGUGUUGCCUCCGUCAUUGCCACCUCCAGUGAUGCCCCCAGCCCUGCCUGCUACUGUGCCACCACCUGGCAUGCCCCCACCUGUGAUGCCGCCUUCUCUACCGACCUCUGUGCCCCCACCAGGGAUGCCUCCAUCUCUGUCUUCAACAGGGCCACCACCGGUUCUUCCCCCUCCUUCCCUCUCUUCCACAGGGCCGCCACCAGUUCUGCCCCCACCAUCUCUGUCUUCAACAGCACCUCCACCUGUUAUGCCCCUCCCACCGUUGUCUUCAGCCACACCCCCUCCAGGAAUCCCUCCCCCUGGAGUUCCACAAGGGAUACCUCCUCAGUUGACAACAGCCCCAGUUCCACCAACUUCUAGUUCUCAGAGCUCACAAGUUCCAGAGAAACCUAGACCAGCACUGCUUCCCACUCCUGUGUCUUUUGGUUCAGCUCCACCCUCAACUUACCAUCCUCCAAUGCAGUCAGGCAUUGGCCCAUCAGAUCAAGUGAAUUCUAAAACUCCUCUGAAUAAGUCUACUCCACCAUACAGUUCAUUCUCAUCUGAGCAAGGACUUGGGGAAUCUUCAGCUGCUUCCGCUGCAGUCAAGGACAUGCCAGUGAGGUCAGGUGGACUGCUUCCAGAUCCUCCUAGAAGCAGUUACUUGGAAGGUCCAAGAGGCCCAAGAUUUGAUGGUCCUCGAAGAUUUGAGGAUUUAGGGUCAAGGUGUGAAGGACCGAGACCCAAAGGGCCUCGUUUUGAAGGAAAUCGCCCCGAUGGGCCAAGACCCAGAUAUGAAGGUCACCCAACAGAGGGCACUAAAAGCAAAUGGGGAAUGAUUCCCCGGGGGCCAGCAUCUCAGUUUUAUAUUACCCCCAGUACAUCCCUAAGUCCUCGACAGAGUGGACCACAGUGGCGAGGCCCCAAACCAGCUUUUGGACAACAACAUCAGCAGCAGCCUCCUAAGUCACAAGCAGAACCUCUUUCAGGAAACAAAGAACUGUUAGCAGAUACCAAUAGUAACCAGCAGAAGAAUUUUAAAAUGCAAUCAGCUCCAUUUUCCAUUCCUGCAGAUGUAAAGGAUGCCAAGGCGGCUCAAUCGAAUGAGAAUCUAAGCGACUCUCAGCAAGAGCCACCUAAAAGUGAAGUCUUGGAAGGACCCAUAGAGCCUUCUAAUUGGGACCAGAAUUCUCAAAGCAUGGAGACUCAAAUGGACAAAGCCCAAGCUGUUACUCAGCCUGUAUCCCUUGCAAAUAAACCUAUACCUUCUCAAUCUACUUUUCCUUCAAAAGCAGGGGGGAUGGAGGGAGGAGCAGCAGCAGUAACAGCAACAUCAUCAUCAUUAACUGCAGAUAAUGAUUUUAAAUCUAUGGGUAUUGGUCUGCCCCAUUCUGAAAACAACCAAGAUAAAGGGCUGCCUAGACCAGAUAAUAGAGAUAAUAGGUUAGAAGGCAGUCGAGGCAGUGGUACACCUUACAGAGGUCCUGGGCAAAGCAGAAUGGAAGACACACGGGAUAAAGCUCUUGUAAACAGAGGUCGAGGCCAGGCAAUUAGCCGGGGCCCAGGGUUGGUCAAGCAAGAAGACAUUCGUGAUAAGAUGAUGGGUAGAAGAGAAGACAGUCGAGAGAAGAUGAGCAGAGGAGAAGGCAGCCGGGACAGAGGGUUGGUGAGGCCAGGAAGCAGUCGGGAGAAAGUGCCAGGUGGUCUGCAAGGCAGCCAGGACAGGGGUAGAGCUGGCAGCCGAGAACGGGGACCACCUCGGGGGGCCAGCAGUCAGGAGAGAGGACCCCCUCGGAGGGCUGGGAGUAGGGAGAGAAUACCACCCCGGAGAGCUGGGAGCCGGGAGAGGGGACCGCCUCGAGGGCCUGGCAGUAGGGAACGGGGAUUGGGAAGACCAGAUUUUGGUCGAGAUAGAGGUCCAUUCAGACCAGAACCAGGAGACGGUGGGGAAAAAAUGUAUCCAUAUCACCGAGAUGAGCCUCCUAGGGCUCCAUGGAAUCAUGGAGAAGAGAGAGGGCAUGAAGAAUUCCCAUUGGAUGGUAGAAAUGCUCCAAUGGAACGAGAAAGACUUAAUGAUUGGGAUAGAGAUAGAUACUGGAGAGAGUGUGAACGUGAGUAUCAGGAUGAUACUCUAGAUCCGUAUAACAGAGAGGACAGGUUUUCAGCGCCACCACCUCGAUCUCAUGAUGGAGAUAGGCGAGGCCCUUGGUGGGAUGAUUGGGAAAGAGAUCAGGAUAUGGAUGAGGACUACAAUAGGGAAAUGGACAGGGACAUGGAUAGGGAUGUGGAUCGGAUUGGAAGACCCAUGGAUAUGUAUGAUAGGAAUUUGGAUAAUGAAUGGGACAGAGAUUAUGGGAGACCACUGGAUGAACAAGAAUCACAAUUUCAUGAACGGGAUGUACCACCUAUUCCAUCUUUACCAAACCUCCCACCUCUUCCACCUUUGGAUAGAUAUCGGGAUGAUAGAUGGAGAGAAGAACGAAAUCGAGACCAUGGGUAUGAUCGAGAUUUCCGUGAUAGGGGUGAGUUGAGGAUUCGAGAGUAUCCAGAAAGAGGAGAUACAUGGCGGGAAAAACGGGAUUAUGUUCCUGACAGAAUGGACUGGGAAAGAGAACGGUUGUCAGACAGAUGGUACCCAUCUGAUGCGGAUAGACAUUCCCCCAUGGCGGAACAUAUGCCCUCCUCACAUCAUUCCUCUGAAAUGAUGGGGUCGGAUGCAAACUUAGACUCUGACCAAGGCCUUGGAGGGGUAAUGGUUCUCAGUCAGAGGCAGCACGAAAUCAUUUUGAAGGCUGCACAAGAACUGAAAAUGCUUCGGGAACAGAAAGAACAGCUUCAAAAGAUGAAGGACUUUGGGUCCGAGCCACAGAUGACCGACCUUCCACCACCCCAGGAAUCAUCAAGAUUGCAGAAUACAGCUUCCCGGCCUGGGAUGUAUCCGCCUCCAGGGCCCUAUAGACCACCCCCUCCUAUGGGUAAACCGCCAGGUUCGAUUGUAAGACCCUCUGCUCCACCAGCAAGAUCAUCUGUUCCUGUGACCAGGCCGCCUGUCCCAAUACCACCACCACCACCUCCUCCUCCACCUCCUCCUCCUCCUCCGGUGAUAAAGCCACAAACUUCUGGUGUAGAACAGGAACGCUGGGAUGAAGAUUCCUUCUAUGGACUGUGGGAUACAAAUGAUGAUCAAGGACUGAAUUCAGAAUUUAAGUCAGAAAAUGCAACAAUUCCGCCUGGUCCAGUGUUACCCCUCCCACCUGUUCACUCUUCUAUUCCCCCUCCUGGCCCAAUGCCUAUGGGUAUGCCACCAAUGUCCAAACCUCCACCAGUACAGCAGACUGUUGAUUAUGGCCAUGGCCGAGAUAUAUCUACUAAUAAAGUUGAGCAGAUACCCUAUGGAGAAAGAAUAACUCUGCGCCCAGAUCCAGUACCUGAAAGAUCAACUUUUGAGACAGAGCAUACAGGCCAACGCGAUCGUUAUGAUAGAGACAGAGACCGUGAGCCUUAUUUUGAUCGUCAAAGUAAUGUCAUGGCAGAUCAUCGAGAUUUUAAAAGGGAUCGGGAAACACAUCGAGACCGAGACCGCGAUCGUGGUGUUAUUGACUAUGACCGGGAUCGAUUUGACAGAGAACGCCGACCCCGAGAUGAUAGGACUCAGUCAUAUCGAGACAAAAAAGACCAUUCUUCAUCCAGAAGAGGGGGGUUUGAUAGGCCGUCCUAUGACCGGAAGUCUGACCGACCAGCCUAUGAAGGGCCAUCCAUGUUUGGAGGUGAACGAAGAACUUACCCAGAGGAGCGAAUGCCCUUGUCAGCUCCUUCACUAAGCCAUCAGCCACCUCCAGCUCCACGGGUAGAGAAGAAGCCAGAGUCUAAGAAUGUGGAUGACAUUCUGAAGCCCCCAGGCCGAGAGAGCAGACCUGAGAGAAUUGUUGUUAUAAUGAGAGGAUUGCCUGGCAGUGGAAAAACACAUGUUGCAAAACUCAUUCGAGAUAAGGAGGUAGAAUUUGGAGGUCCUGCACCCAGAGUGCUAAGCCUGGAUGAUUACUUCAUCACUGAAGUAGAAAAAGAAGAAAAAGAUCCAGAUUCUGGAAAGAAAGUGAAAAAGAAGGUAAUGGAAUAUGAAUAUGAAGCCGAGAUGGAGGAGACCUACCGCACCAGCAUGUUCAAAACUUUCAAAAAGACUCUAGAUGAUGGCUUUUUCCCGUUCAUCAUCCUGGAUGCUAUCAAUGACAGAGUUAGGCAUUUUGACCAGUUUUGGAGUGCAGCAAAAACCAAGGGUUUUGAGGUAUAUUUGGCUGAAAUGAGUGCAGAUAACCAGACUUGUGGCAAGAGAAAUAUUCAUGGAAGAAAGCUUAAAGAAAUAAAUAAGAUGGCUGAUCACUGGGAAACUGCACCUCGUCACAUGAUGCGUCUAGACAUUCGUUCUUUGCUACAAGAUGCUGCUAUUGAAGAGGUAGAGAUGGAAGAUUUUGAUGCAAACAUUGAAGAACAGAAAGAAGAAAAGAAAGAUGCAGAGGAAGAGGAAAGCGAACUGGGUUACAUUCCGAAAAGCAAAUGGGAGAUGGACACAUCUGAGGCAAAGCUAGACAAGUUGGAUGGCUUGAGGACUGGCACUAAAAGGAAGCGUGACUGGGAGGCGAUUGCCAGCCGAAUGGAGGAUUAUCUCCAGCUCCCUGAUGAUUAUGACACUCGUGCUUCUGAGCCUGGGAAGAAGAGGGUGAGAUGGGCAGACCUGGAAGAAAAGAAGGAUGCUGACAGGAAAAGGGCCAUAGGCUUUGUGGUCGGACAGACUGAUUGGGAGAAGAUCACAGAUGAAAGUGGCCACCUGGCUGAAAAAGCCCUCAAUCGAACCAAAUACAUAUGA